AUCACCUGGGAGAAAUGAAGGAGAUUUAUUCUCUAAUGGAGGAUCUGAACCACAAAGUCACCAAUGUACUGCAGUCCACUGCCAAGACUUAUCCUGAAAAGAGCAGAACUGACAAGUUCAUCACUCGCUUCUUAAUGCGUGAGUGUAUUGGUCAGCUGACUGCCCUACAGCGCCCCCUAGAGUCGGCCUCAGACCAUAUGGACGAGGAAGCCCGAGCAGAAAACACUGACAUCAAGCCUAUCGAGCCUCGUGACGUCCUGCCUAAGCCUGACGUUAUUCCGGGGCGCGUCGGACGUCGCACCAAACAUCAGAUCAGUAGUCAAUCCUCAGUCCCCUCAGAAGGUUCAGUAAAUCCUAUAGCACUAACAGCACAAGUGGAUAGACUGUCUGAUCUGCUUGACAGACUGGAACAUGGGGUUAACUUUAAAGGAUUUGUUGAUGAAGACAUGAAUGCCACAGCCGAGGAUCAGUACAUCCUGCAGCAGAGGAAUAUGGAGGUCGUCAAGGGGAAAGAAGAAGAUUUCCGUACGACUCUCCGUCAGUAUGUGGAGGACACGAACAACGCUCCUGGUGCACUCAAUAUUAGUGUGAGGUUCUUCAAAGAUACUGGAGUGUUUACGCUGUAUGAAAUCUGGGAAGCAGAAGACAAGGAGAAGCAAUAUCGGGAGAAGAAGUCCUUUGAUUCUGUGUUUUCUGGUCUAACGUCAAAUGUCUCCCUGUCCUCAAUCACCUUCCCAAAAAUCUGGUGGUUGAAGCAAUAAAGAGUCCUGUCAGGGAGGAGGGAAGACAACUGUCGUGUAUGCAGGGUAUAGGCCUGCAGUGGUCUACUGUACUGACAGAUAUUAUAGCCAAGUCUUUUAUCAAACUUUUAUUUUACCUCUGCUGUGCACAAUUCUAUGUUGUAUUUUAUAUUACCUUUUUGUUUAUUGUUAGUCAUCAUUUUAUAGUGUUUUUUUUUUACGUGUUUACUGAUAUUUAAAUUUUCUACUGAUAUGAAUUCAGUAACAUCUGUGUCAUCAUAAACAAUCGGUGUUAUACGAGCGGCAUUUCAAAAGUCCUGAGAACUGUUUAAUAAGAAAAAAACCGUUUUACGGAAAUUAUUGAGUUUUAUAUCAUUGGAAAAAUCAGAAAAAUAUACACAUAUUGUGACGUCACUUUAUAAUUUUUAUGACGUAAAAUCUCCGAAAAUGACGUCAGAAUCUAGAAUGUUUAGCAUACUGAAAAGUCGCGUUUUUAUCCACAUGAGACGAUUUUAAAAGUGCUGCCAAAGGCUUAUUUGAAAAAAUAUUUCAAAGAAAAUUUUCAUUUGCACAGAAGUAGAGUAGGAGUAUGGAACUGUUUAUCAACAAUUCUAUAUUUCAUUGUUUGGUUUGUUUACUAGCACGGUUUAUGUCCGGUUAUGCUAUCAUCAACAUUCAUUAUACCCCCCCGCUUGAAAAGCGGGAGGGUAUAUAGUAAUCGUUAAUUCCGUCCGUCCGUCUGUUACGCUUUUGGGUACCCAUCUCUUAUCCGUAACUCCUCUCAUACCACUGAAUGAAAUUUGAUGAAACUUUCACAGAAUCCUUAUUACAUACUGCCAUUGUGCACCUCCUACUUUACUUUUUGAUCCGACACAUAUUUUGGGUUUCCCGGCCACAGGAAAACAUGGACUUUUUCACCAGUUAUAACCAUAUGGGAGGCGGGGGGUAUCAUUUAGUGAGCUCAUCGCUCACAGUACCUCUAGUUUAUGAUUUUAAGUUACAUGAUACGACUGGAUUUUCGGUCUUUUAUAUAGUUCUCCAUUGUAUGAAAUAAAACAUAUUCUGUAUAAAACUGAAGUAUAUUAAUGCGGUUUUCAACAAAUGUAUUUUGAGUAACAGUACUCUUAUCGUUUACAAAUAAAAUGUAUAAAAGUCUUGCCCCUGACUUGUUUCUGUCCGUAUUUUUUCUUAUAGGUUCAACUCCGGCGCCCCAAAACUCACUACUGCUUUUGACUUUUGAAUCCAAGAAAGGUUUAUAAGUUACACAGACAUGUAGAAUCUUAUUUAAUUUCCAUGAAUUAAAUUUUGCGAAUAUGUGGAGGUUCGAUGGGGUUACAACUGCGCCCGUGCCAUUUUGGAUUUUACGAGAAAAUAUGGGGUACACUAAACUUAACUUCUCUUGAGCCUUCAUCGAUCCCACAAAUCUGGUUAAAACACCUGAAGAAUUGAUGCCAUCAAAUUCUGU